UCCUCUUCCGGGAUUCAGGCUUCUGGUUCCGGCUGCCAAGGGUUAGAGGGCGUGGGCUGGAUUGCCGGUACUGAGGGGCCGGAGGUAGGGAGAGAUGGCACAGGCUUGGGGCAGGAGGUUGCUGUGCAGGGCACAUGGUACAGCCAGUCACACCUGGGCUCUGGAGUUGCACAGAGAAGUCGGACACUGCGCCAGAGUCGCCAGGAAAGGAGGAAGCUGCGGAAAGGUAUUCUCUUCUUUUGUCACCUCAACACACUCUACAGAUCUGAGGAGCCUUCUUUGGGGACCUCCAUCCAGGCUUCUGCACUUAACACACACAGCAUGCUGCUACAGCAAGACCAGCAGCGAAGCCAAAUAUAAAGACCCGUUUACACUUGGAAGCAGAGACUUGAAGAACUUCUAUGAAGAUAUCAAGAAGGAAUUCUUUAUAACAACCAAGGAGCUGAAAGAAAUGUGUGAUUAUUAUUUUGAUGGAAAAGGGAAGGCUUUCAGACCGAUGCUUGUCGUGCUAAUGGCACGGGCAUGCAAUAUUCAUUACAAUAACUGCCGAGAGGUACACCCUUCUCAGCGCACCAUUGCUGAAAUCUCAGAAAUGAUCCACACUGCUAGUUUAGUCCAUGACGAUGUCAUUGAUGGUUCUGACUCUCGAAGAGGGAAGCAAACUGUCAGUGGAAUCUGGGGCGAAAGAAAAGCGGUCCUUGCUGGGGAUCUUAUGCUGUCUGUAGCGGCAGUGGCCAUGGCAAGAAUUGGAAAUACCACAGUAAUAGCAUUGAUAUCUCAAAUUGCUAUAGACUUGGUGCGUGGUGAAUUUCUUCAGCUGGGCUCCAAAGAGAAUGAAAAUGAAAGAUUUUCUCACUACAUUGAAAAGACUUUUAAGAAGACCGCUAGCCUCAUAGCCAACAGCUGUAAAGCAGUCUCUGUGUUGGCUUGUCCUGAUCCAGCCGUUCAUGAGAUUGCUUACCAGUAUGGCAAGAACAUAGGCAUAGCCUUUCAGCUCAUAGACGAUGUUUUGGACUUUACAUCUUGUGCCGACCAGUUGGGGAAACCAGCUGCAGCUGAUUUGAAGCUGGGAUUGGCCACAGGUCCGGUUUUAUUUGCUUGCCAACAGUUUCCAGAGCUGAAUGACUUGAUUAUGAGAAGAUUCAGUUUGCCAGGGGAUGUAGAGCGAGCGUGGCAGUAUGUUCUCCAGAGUGAUGGUGUCCGACAAACAACCUACCUCGCCCAGAGUUAUUGCAACCAAGCUGUGCAAGAGAUCAGAAAGCUGCAGCCGUCCCCUGAGAGAGAAGCGCUCAUUCAGCUCACAGAAAUUGUACUAACAAGGGACAAAUAGCAGGAAACCAGCCGAUUCUACCUGGCAGCUACCACCAAACAGUGCCUAAGGCAACACACACAGCCGACUGCCAACCAAAGCACUAUGUACCAUCUUUGUACGGACAGCAUUCUCUCCACAUUGAUGCACUGUAUUUUUAUUUGGAUUUUUAUUUUUGGAAGCCAUUUUAUUUAAAACUGAGCAGAAGCAGGGAAAGAAAAACUAAAAUCCUUUUAUUAUGAAA